UUCAGGUCAGUAUUUGAUAGCAUUUGUUCCACUUGAUUCGUGCUGAUCUAAUUGUUCCACUAAUAACUGAUUUAUCAGUAUCAGGGCUAGUUAAGUUCAAUUUCUUUGACUAAGAGACCAAAAGAUCAGUGAGCAGUGGUUAUGUCACAAUGGUUUAUAUCUUAACUGAGUCAGAAAGAGGGUUUAAAAAUUUACAACAAGGGGUAUGUGGGAGGGGGGAGGGGUUUCUGACAACUGAAGUGCCAUAUUGCUUUACUUUUUAGCUACGUUUUUUUCUUUUCUUAAAAAGCCCCCACUCACUGUGCCGUUCCUCUCGUACAAAAAUACUUGAUAUCAGUAUGUAAUGCUUUUUCGAAUCAGGGGCUCGAUGGAACAAAUUCCUUUCAGUUUUUAUGAAUUAUGUAGUGCAAAUAAAAUUAAAUGAACCGUGAUAUAAAAGAAAGCCCCAGCUCUGAAACAUUUCAUAGUUAUUCAUCUGAAAGUAAUAAUUGGACAGAGAGCAGGCUAAAUGGAUUUCACAUAUACUUUUCUAGCUGCAGUUAUGUGCUUACUGGUCCCUGUGGAAGCCAGGCCAAACAGACGGAGAACUGCAACAGCCAUCAGCCUUCAGUCAUUUUUAAGAAAAGUAGACGACUGUCAAGCCGGUAAUCUUUUACAGAUUCACUUUGAUGGAGGUAGAACCCAGGCAAAAUGCGAUGGUACAUCUACAAAGAGCUUAACAACUAAAUUUACGAUUGAGGAUACCAGAGGAAAGAAAUGUAUUCAAUACACUGAUAAACAAGGCGGUAACACACGGUACUAUGCGCUGAAGGUCAUUGACAGGGCGACGGUCACGCCGGCGGUCACUUUUAUGGUGAGUUAAAACUAUUUCUAAGCGUCUAUUGGCAAGUGUAUUUUAUAAACAUUUUUUUCUGAUAU